AUGGUGAACGAUGAAGGAAGGCAUUACACCGUUUGCCUCCUAGAGAAAAAGUGCAGCUGUAGGCGGUUCCAAGUUGACGAAUUACUAUGCCCACAUGCUUGGGCUGUCUUGAAAAGCAAGUUUCUAAUGCCGAAAGAUUAUUGCUCGAACUAUUACAAACCAAAGUCUGUUGUAAUGACAUACGAGUUUCCAGUGUAUCCACUGCCCGACAGAAGUGAAUGGAAUAUACUAGAACAUAUAUCAGAGGAAGCUGUCUUACCACCUAAAUGGAAAAGACCUCCCGGAAGGCCAAAGAAGAAUCGCCAUAAGCCGUUCAGUGAAUUGUUAUAG